AUGAAGUUUGGGCAAGAUCUUGCAGAGCAUCGGGUGCCUGAGUGGCAGUCUCAGUACCUGGAUUACAAGAAGGGGAAGAAGAAGCUCAAGAAGCUUAGAAAGAAGCCAAGCAUAUUGAAAAGUUCCUUGACUCAAGGCAAGAACAAUGCACCUGAGCCCCAAGAUCAGGGCACAUGGGCAGGGACUCCAUCCUUUGAUGCCCAUAAGCCUGUUUAUUAUAGCGCUCAUCAAACUGAAGACCCAGAAAUUGAGCGUUUGCAGUCUUUCAAACUGCCCUCUCCAGCUUUGCUUCCCUCAGAACGCAGACCAUCUUCUCCGGAGCCGCUUCCUCGUAAGGUCAGUGAUACCACCCCGUUGUUAUCCAGUGAUGACCCUAAACUUAGCACAGGCAGUAUAAAGGAGUCUCCAAAGCUUGCGGGGCAGAUUUCGAGGCAUCAAUCGACGGUAUCACGUUUCAUUGUCAACCUCAAAAGAGCUCACUCUCUCAAUACAAGUCCUGCUACUGGUACCGAAAUGGAGGGAUUGGCACGAUCAGCACGUGAAGAUUUUAUUGGGUGGGUCAAUUCAGAAUUUGAUAAAGUGGAAAGAUUCUAUAGAGAACGAGAGGAUGCAUGCUUGGACCGAUUCCUUGUUUUGCAGGACCAGGUCGUUCAGCUCAACGAGCAAAAACAAAGGUCGUCUCGUAAACUAUCCAGACUCCGUGAUUUGCGUAGGAAACGCAAAGGUCCAGAUAACAAUGUGGUGUCCACACUGUCCUCAGCUCCCACCGAAGGCCGCCAUUCGUCAGAUACAAGCACGAUGCACUCGGACGAGGAGUCGUCAGAUGAGGAAGGUGCUAUGGCUCGUGCCAUAAAUAGCAAUUUCUGGUUUGCUGCUUACUUGACCAAACGCAAAUUCAGAAUAAUCAACAAAUUCGAUACUCCUUCCCUUCCAAAGUUCGACUGGCUCAAAGAAAAUGGAUCUGCUGAAAAGCAGUAUUACGAUGAGGACAGAGAACAGGUUCACGACAAUAGACGCGAUUAUAGACGGCGCAAAUCUGCCCAGCCUGCUAUUCCAUACUAUUCUGCGAGAAAGACACUCAAAAAGGCUAUUUAUGAACUUUCCCGCUCUAUGGAGCUCCUCAAAUCAUACAAAGUGCUGAACCGUACCGCUUUCCGGAAACUCAUCAAAAAAUACGACAAGGCUACAGAUGAUAAUAUCCUUCCUAUAUACAUGCGCAAGGUGGACAGCUCUUAUUUCGUCACUUCUGACCUCUUAGACAACCUGAUGGCAAAGAUAGAAACCAUAUUCACGGAUGUCUUUGAGAAUGGGAACCGCAAGGUCGCAGUGACGAAACUGAGAUCCAGUGAGGCUGAGAAACAGUACUACAUCUCCACGUUUUUGGGGUCCUUCAUGCUUGGAUUCUCUAUACCAGUGGUUGUCUACACUAUUUAUUUGGCAUUGCAUAAGAUGAAAACAGGUGAGCUACUAGAAGGAAGGUAUUUGUUGCAGAUCUGGGGUGGCUUCUUUUUUUGCUGCCUGAUGGGCCUGCUAUUUUCCAUUAAUUGCUACGUUUGGAGCAUAUACAAAGUGAAUUACAAGUUCAUUUUCGAGUUCAAUCCAAGAGAUGCUCUGGACUACCGUCAGUUUUUUGCCAUGUCGUCAGUCUUCUUCUUUCUCGGGUCCAUUUUAGCCUGGUUCAGUUUUGAGAAUUUCUGGAGCGAUACAUUUGAUGGCAGGAAUUGGCCAUGGAUCUAUCUUGGGAUCUGUGCACUCAUUUUUGUGUGCCCAUUCGAUAUCCUGUUUUUGAAUUCUCGCACAUGGCUCCUUUCUUCGAUUUUCAGGCUUAUCCUUUCUGGACUCUACCCGGUGGAAUUUAGAGACUUUUUUCUGGGAGACGUUUUGUGCUCCCUAACGUACUCGAUUUCCAAUUUGUCGAUGUUUUUCUGUCUGUAUGCCACUCACUGGCACGGGUGCUUGGACGGUUCAGGAACGACAAAGUGCGGGUCAUCAAGAUCCAGACUACUUGGAUUUCUGUCAACUUUGCCAAGCAUUUGGAGGUUUUUGCAGUGUUUCAGGAGAUAUGCAGAUACUGGCGAGUGGUUUCCACAUUUGGCCAACAUGGCAAAAUAUACCGGCUCGAUUCUCUACUACAUGUCCCUGAGUCUGUAUCGUAUCGAGACCGUCACCAAAUACAGGGCAUUAUUGAUCACGUUCGCGACAAUUAAUUCUGUGUACUCCUCCAUGUGGGAUAUCUUUAUGGACUGGUCGCUGCUACAAUUUGACUCACAUAAUUACCUACUCAGAGAUCAUCUGAUCUUUGAGAACAAAUGGUAUUACUAUACGGCCAUGGUGACGGAUGUUAUUCUGCGGUUUCAGUGGAUCUUCUAUGCUUUCUUCAAAACACAGAUCCAACAAUCAGCAGUGACUAGUUUUUUCAUUGCGCUUGCAGAGAUCAUUAGACGGUUUAUCUGGAUAUUCUUCAGAAUGGAGAAUGAGCAUGCGACAAACGUUCAUCUUGCCAGAGCAUCGAGGGAAUUGCCGUUGCCGUAUCCUAUAAUUAUUAGAAAAACCACAGCUCCUAGCGAGCCAACAGCAGCAGAAGCAGAACGCGAAGAUGAAGCUGCCGCUGAGUCUCUUCGCAGAAACACUGUUAUCGGCCAAAUCUCCAAAAUGCUCAAUAGCGCACACAUCAAAGACUUCCAGAGAAGAAAGACGUCUAAGCAAUGGAAAGAGGAGGACGAAAGUGACGAUGAUGAUGAUGCACAGUAA